CAGUUCGCAGCGAGUCCCAUUUUUGCGCUGCAUGUGUGUGCGGCAUAUAUCUAUUGGUGUGGAAUGCGAUUUUCCCAGCGGAGUGCGCGAGUCUGUGUGCGCCAGUCCUCCCCUUCCAAGCUGCCACUGACGGUGGCGCGCAACGCAACCCCACGAAACGGAAAGUUUGUGCAGCGGCAGGCAGCAGGAAAUGUGUUUGUGGCACUCGAAUUUGGGACACAUUCCUGCAAAGGACGCAGCUUCGGUCAGCUGCUGCCAACUGCUGCUCCAGUCCGAGGAGUGCACCUGCAACCAGAAGCCACAAAACGCGCGCGCGACGCAUCCAAUCAAUGAACAUUUUGCACACUUCCCAGCGAGAACUAAGGAAAAUUCGGGAAGUAAUUCUUAAAAGUGAUUCGGCAUACGAUUGCCACAUCGAAAGUGAAUUACAGCCAAUGGAAAACAACUGACUUUGGAGUCUUGUCGCCUGUGAAAGUGUUUCAAAAGGUUCAAAAAUAAUUAGCAGUCGAGGAAAAGGGAAAGCGGAGCCCUGCAGGAUACAGCGACAGCCCUCUCCAGAUCGCAUCGAUUUGCAUGUGUGUGCCCUGCCGCUGAAAAAUCGAUUAUUAAAGCAACUGGCAAGCCACUUUCCACUCGCUAGCAGCUGUUGGUUGUCGUUGUUGCUGCUGGCUCUGAUGGUGGUGGUGCUGCUGGUGGAGGUGGUGGUGGGUGGUGGUUGUGGUUGCGUGCCGCAAUGUGGCGAAUAAACAGUGGCAAGAGCAGCAGCGCUGGCAGAGACACACUUCCAACUGAUUUGACGUCGGCGAGUUCCAAUGGCGCUGGUUCCACCGAAUGCUGCAGCGCAGCCUUGCAGCCAUCCAGCAGCUCCUCGUUGCAUGUGCAGCAGCAGCAGCAGCAGGAUACGAAAGCGAGGAUGACAACAACGAGGACGAGAGCGACAACGACUACAAGCAGCCGCGGACACGGAUACAGAUACAGGCACAGCCACAGAUACACAGCAAUAAUAGCAGCAGCAACAGCAGCAACAAUCGUUGCAAAAUAGCCCAGAAGCUGCAGCGUAUUGUGGCCAAUAAGGAAAAUCUAUUCAAUUAAAAGACACAAGCGACAGUGUGAGAAAGACAACACAACCAGUUAAUCAAACCGACUAAUUCAUCAAUCGGAACUAUCGCUUAUAACGCACAAAGCAGUCGGCCCAAGCCCAGGGGUCACGUUAAGUAUACGACGCGUACUUCCAGCUGCACGUCACAGCGAGCCAAUCAGAACGAAUCGAAUCGAAACGUAACGAAACGAAACGCACAGGUGCAUUAGUCCCCCCGAGUCCCUACUCCCGAGUCCCGAGUCCCCACUCCCACUACCCCCACGGUAUCUACAUCAUUUGACAAGCAAUUGCGGGAUGGGAAAAAUGUGAAAAAAGGAAAAAAAAAAUAUGUAUAUGUUUAGUAGACAAUUUUAAGUGCACUUUCGUAAGGCUGAUUUUGAAUUUACUUAUUUCGAUGUUGUGCUUCUACACCCACAAAGAGACGAUACCCAGGCAACAAUCAAACCACGAGCAAUGAACCAAGUGAAAGUGUUAAGUGCUUAGCGUUAAGGAAAUACACAAUACCAAAAGAAAAGAAAAGAUAAG